CUCUAUCUUCUCUUUGUACUGAUGCUAUGUAUUCCUAUGAGCACCCCAUUCCAUGUUAGAUAUCGCAAUAGCGCGUAAUAGCUUUUGUUCUCUAGUCCUUCGGAUGUGUGCACAAAGAUAGAAGUUCAUUGUGUGCUUGCGGGUGUCAAAUUUUGCAAAAUUUUGAUUUUGUUAAUGUGUAUGAAUGCCAGUCCCAAGUUCUGUGCUUGAGAAGUUUUUAUAACCAAAGUUACAUGUAAUAUUGCUUUGGCAUACAUCACAUGGAAGUAGAGUAAGUUGACAUAUGAUAGCAAUUAUCAUGCUUCAAACGUAGUUGUACACACGGAGACAUUCCCAGAAAAGAGUUUGAUCUUAUGUUAUGCGCUAGGGUUGUGGUUAUGGGCCGUCUUUGAUCUUCUGCUUCUGAGAGAUGUAGGUAUUUUUCACUUUUGACUUGAGCCUCUUAGGUUCACUCUUCACGGUUUUCUUUAGAAGGAUAUUUAAGCUCCUCCUCUCUGUAAUUCUUGUUCUUUUUUUCUGAUGAAAUUUCUUCUUUUAAACAGGCUGGAUGCAAUGAGAUUAGUAUAAUAAUCUGCUCUGAGAUCUGAAUCUUAUUACCUGCAUUAGGGGCUUGACAACUUAGCUUUUCUUGUGUAGUCAAUUGAUUUGUGGAAUGAAGAAUGCUGAUACUUUAUUUCUAGUCCCUAAAUAGUAUGUACGUCUAGCUUUGUGCAGCACAGCUCAAAGUAAAUCGGAGCAGCAUGGUUAUAUUUGUCUUAAAUUUUCCAUUUCAAUGUUCCUUUCAUCCCAGCCCCUCCUUUUGUGGGUAGUUUAGUAAUUAACCAUCUAUGUCCAAUACUCCAAUGUAGUUUAAGCAUGAUACCUUGUUUUUGAUGGUUAAAAAGGUCAACCUAAUAAAACAUGUGAAAUCUUUUUGGCAGAGUGGAAAUUUCGUUGUAUAUUUAAUGGGAGUGAUUAAAGAUGGCACAAUCUCAGGGUUUCUACCUAGCCCCCGUGGAUUUCUUGUCCAUUAUCCUGGUUAUCCAUCAUCCAUGACUCGUGCUGUAGAAACUCUUGGUGGAAUUCAAGGCAUCCUCAAGGCACGCAGUUCACAAUCUGAGAAAUUGGAGCUCCAUUUCCGCCCUGAAGAUCCAUAUUCACAUCCUGCUUUUGGGGAGCUUCGUCCUUGCAAGAAUUUUCUUCUCAAAAUAUCUAGGGGAAAACCACAUGAUGGUCAUGAUGCUAAAGAUUCUGACAGCCUAUCAAAUAAUCAGAUGCAAAAUGAGGUGCAAACAACUCAAUCAAAAACGGAUACGACGGCUGUCACUGAAGAAGCUGAUAACCACAUACGUGCAGAUGGAGAGGCAAAUCUCAUUGCUGAUGUUGUUGCUCAUGUUCCUGAAGCUUAUUGCUUUAAUGGAAUGGUAGACUACCAACAUGUUAUUCCAGUUCAUGCCAAUAUUGCUCAGAGGAGGAAGAGAAACUGGUCAGAACUUGAGGAGCCUCACUUUGAAAAGGGUGGUCUCAUGGGUGUGGAUCACGAGGAUAUUAUGCUUAUAGUGCCCCCAAUUUUUUCCCCAAAAGAUGUGCCAGACAAUGUAGUUUUGAGACCACCAUCAUUGUCGGCAGGUUCAAAAAAGAGACAAGAGGUUAAUCCACAACUUGAAUUUGAGAUGGACAUAGAGUCAGUUCUUGCACUUGAUUUUGACAUUAAAGAGAUUCCAAAGAUAGUGAAUUGGGAAGAAUAUGUGCCCCAAGGCUCAGAUCAGUGGGAGUCACAGAAGGCUAUGAAUAGGCUCUUUGAUGAGCGGCCUAUUUGGCCAAAAGAUUCUAUCAAAGAAUGCUUACUUGACAAAGGCUUAAAUUUCUCAAAUGAGAUGCUUAGAAGGCUUCUUUCUAGAAUUGCAUACUACUUUUCCAGUGGACCAUUUCUUAGGUUUUGGAUCAAGAAAGGAUAUGAUCCUCGGAAAGAUCCUGAUUCUCGGAUUUAUCAAAGAAUCGAUUAUCGAGUACCAAUACCUUUAAGAAGUUACUGUGAUUCUCAAUUGGCCAACAAAAAGAAGCACAGAUGGGAGGACAUAUGUGCUUUUCGUGUUUUCCCUUGCAAGAUCCAAACGUCAUUACAGUUAUUUGAGCUUGUUGAUGAUUACAUCCAGCUGGAAAUAAAGAAGCCUCCCCUCCAGGCAACUUGUACUUUUGCUACAGGGUGGUUUUCACACAACAUAAUCAAUUGUUUUAGACAACGUCUUAUGAUGAGGUUUCUAUCAGUAUUUCCAAAACCUGGUGCAGAAAGCUUACUCAGAGCUGCCACUUCAAAGUUUGAAAAGUUAAAGAGGGACUGCUGUAGGGAAACCAUAAAGCUUGACGGAGAGGACAGCCGGCAAGCUAACUCAGGUCUGCAAGAGAAUGAAGAAGCGAUUGAUGCUGAAGAUAACGAGGAAGAUGCCGCUGAGGCUAACAACAGUGAUGAGGAAUGGGAUCCGUACGACGAACUUGAUUUGGCUGAAGAUGGUGAAAUGCCUUUGCCAUCACAUUCUUAUAUGAAUGCAGAGAACAUUUCAAGAACCCAUCUACAGGAGCUUUUUGAUAGCUUUCCUUCUAGCAGAUAUGAUGCUGACAGACCAGAAGAAAAUGUUAGUGAUGAAGAAUACCAGAUAUAUGAGCAAGAUAGUGAUGACAGCUACUCUGAUGAGUGAAUGUUAGCCUGCAAAAUUUUCUCCAGAUAUGCCUAGAUUUCUUUUAAAGUUGUCUUUCUUGUAUUUAUAUUGUUAAUUAAAAUGCAAUUUGUAGUUUUACUAGAGACACAAUAGGAAUAAGCCAAUGUAAAGCCAUAAUUGCUGCCUAGCUUCUCUGAUUCCCCCCCCCCCCUCCCUUUUCUUUUCUUUUUUCCCUGUCUUUCUCCAUUUUGCUGGGAAGCCUACAGUUAGUAUCAGUUGGAGGAUGGUUAAAGUCUGUUAUUUUGUUUUUUUGGCCAACAAAGUCUGUUAAUAUGUUGCUUUUAUGAA